AUGCAACAACCACAACCACUGUUGGAUGAUGAUGUGAAUGAUAUUCUUCAAUUAUUAACAAUAGAAAGUUGCAGUGGAGGUUGUAGCUUUGAUUGUCUUAAAUUCGAAGAGAAGGAAGCAGUCGAAGAGGAUACCUGUAAUCCAAUGUCGCAACAACAUCUUCCUUCCGAUAUCAAAUCGGAACCAAUUCUCCUACUGCUUACUGAUAAGAAGGCAACAUCAACAAUGGAUCACAACAACAAGGCUUCCUCAUCAUUAGGCAGUGCUUUUAAAGAAGAUUUUGUAAAUUUUGUUUCAGAAUCCACAAGUUCCUCUUACAUUCCGCAACAGCCAUUCACAACAUUAUAUUCGAAAAGAAUGAAGGACGAAGAGAUGGUGGAGAAUAAUCAAUCUACUGUUAAUGAAGAUGGAAUCAAGACAUCAUCUGAAGCUAAACCAACACAAUUUAACCACUCCUCACAUCAUCAAAGGCCUCAUCAUAUUAACAAGGGUCUCGGAGAAGAACAACAAUACAAAUUUCCUUCAUCUAUUACACCACUUUCACUGGCCAAUAUUCAUGCCAAUGCAUCGACUAACUUACUGCUAACUUCAUCAACAUUAUUUAAUUCUUCAAGUGAAUCACAUGGUGGUGGAACCAUUUCGAGAAGCUCCUCCAAUACUUCAAUGGAUAGCUCCUCCUAUUCACUCUUGAAUAAUCACCAUCAUCUAACCACAUCUUCCUCACCCUCUGAUGGUUUUCACUCAACUCUAAAAUCCCUAGAAAAUGUUCUCCCUCCAUUCUUUACUCCAUGCGUGCCACCUCAUGCAUCAUUCAAUUACUAUUCAGAACAUUAUUGGGGAGAACAUCCCUUAUCACUAACCUCCUUCUCUCCAAUUCUUCAUUAUGAAAAGAAGUCAUCUCUAACGAUUAUUUGUCGAUACACACCACAACAAACUAGGAAUUCUCCAAGAAGGGAGAGACCUUCCUCUCAAAAAGAAUUAAUAGAGAAUGAGAUUUAUUGUCUGAAAGUUUCACUGGACAAACCAUCCAUUCCAAAGCUGGAAAGGGAUGCAGAAAUUUCUCGAUUCUUGACCAAUGAAUUUUCUCAAGUGUUGGAUCCAGCACAACAGGUUAUUGUCAGUACUAAGGCCUAUUUGUCUGAUUAUUUUAUUCUCGUGAGGGAGUUUAUUGAUUGUGUUUCGUUGAGAUCAUUUAUUGAUAGAUCGAAAACAUAUGCUAGAGCAGAACCAAUUACUGAUGAGAAUUUUGAAACCUUAACAGAUGAUACUGUAACACUUCUCAAUGAAGAACAACGAGUGAAAGAAAACAUUACAAUAUUGGAAAGUAAUUUAACACUUGCUAUUUCUAUUUGUAUGAGUGUUGCUCAACUGCAUCACUCAAGAGUUUGUCAUGCUGACAUUAGGCCAGAAAAUAUAAUUGUAGAAGGACCUAAAUGCAAUAUAAGAUUGAUUGAUUUUGGAAAGAGUACAUUCCUCCCUUUGGAGCAUCCAUUUUUAUAUACCGAUAAAAUUAUUGGUAGUCAAAUGUAUUGUGCUCCAGAGGCAACAGGAAAGAUUCCAAAACCAAUAGGUUUCCACACUGAUAUAUAUUCACUUGGAUUUGUUCUCUUUGAGUUAUUUUCCAAAGAACAUCCAUUUACCAAGUUUAGGACAUUAGAUUUCGUAUUUCAACAUUUGACUCAACAGCCAGAGUCCUUGUUUCAAAAUCUAGCGAGAAGGUCUUUUAUAUCAGCCAAUGAAGGAAACCUAUUCACAGCUGCUACUAAAGCAAUUUCAAGACUAAUUACCAAAGCAAUUCAAAAAUCUAUUGAGAAACGUUAUUUGAGUAUUUUUGGAUUGAAACGAGAUUUGGUCUACAUACAGAAUGCUAUUCAACUAGAAGAUAUGGAAGCUCUUGAAAAUUUUCAAGCUGGUAUGAAUGAUGUUCAAACAACUUUAUCCAUACCUUAUGGUGUAUAUGGUAGAGAGGAAAUUUUCAAAAAAUUGGAACUGAAACUUGAAAAUAUGAUGGAAUCUAGUGAGCCAACGAUUGUCCUUCUGGGGGGCUAUAGUGGCAUAGGUAAAUCAUGUAUUGUUAAGGAGUUUAGGACAAGAAGUAAAACAGCAAUACAAUUCUUUGAGGCAAAAUACGAUCAACAUAUGAAUGUACCUUACUAUGCCAUUAUUUCCAUAUGUAAACAAAUUAUUGGCGACGUUCUUGGAGAAUCUGAAUCAGUGAUUAAGGAUUUCAGAUUCCAACUUGGUACACUUAUCAAUUCAGAUCAAUUAGAAAUGUUGAGUGAUGCAAUUCCUGACAUGUCAUAUUUAUUUACAACUAAUGCAACCAAAAAGCAUACCUCCCCAUCAAUGGGAGAUCAGAAUGGAGAGCGUAUGAAGCUCUUUUCACAAGGAAUUAUUCAUCUCUUUAGUGUUUAUACUCAUUUAAAGAAAAAGAGGUUAUGCAUUUUCUUGGAUGACUUGCAAUGGACUGAUUUUGAUAGCAUGAAGCUAUUGAAGGAAAUUCUUGGAACUGGUUCUUGUGAUACUGUUCCUCUUUUAAUUAUUGGAGCAUAUAGAAAUAACGAAGUGGGAAAGGACCAUCCUCUAUUUUACUUUUUAGAAAAUCUCAAACUUAAAGUGAACAUUGAAGAAAUUGAAGUUGUUGAGUUGACAGAAGAUCAAUCUAACAUGAUUGUCUCAGAGUCUUUAAGGAAAAAUAGAGCUGAAACAGAAGAACUAACCAAAAUACUCUUCUCUAGGACGAAUGGAAACCCCUUCUUUUUAAAGCAGUUAUUGGCUGGUUUAUUUAAGGACGGAUCUAUUUAUUUCGAUACUCAAACAGAUACUAUUACAUGGGAUAAAAAGAAAAUAGAAAAUGCAGAAUACUCUGAAAAUGUUAUUGACUAUCUCCUUGGACAUUUGGAAAAAUUACCAAAACAAACACAAGAUAUUCUUGCAUUUGCUUCUUGCUUUGGAAAUAAGUUUUCCAAUGAAGACAUGCUCCACCUACUCAAUCAGCAACAAGAAGAAAAGAUAGACUUGAUGCAACUUAAAGAAAGAUUGAACUAUGCGGUGAAGGAGGGAUGGAUUUCAAAUAUCAAUUCUGGUAAUUUACGAUUUAAUCAUGAUAGACUCCAACAAGCUGCUUAUGAAUCACUGCCUUUGAAUGAAAGGUUGAGAAUUCACUAUACCUAUGGUAAGCAGCUUCUCAAAAAAGCAGAAGAAGAUGAUUCUUUGGAGGAACGUUUAUUUGAUAUAGUUGUACAGUUAAAUCACAAACAUAAUGAUCCUGCUUUCUUGGAGAAUAGAGAUGAGAGAAGAUUACUCAUUGACCUCAAUAAUAGAGCUGCAAAGAAGGCUUUGGAAACAUCAUCUACAGAUAAAGCCAUUGGCUUUGUUUAUAUUGCAAGGCAAAUUCUAGAACACGAACCAGACUGUUGGAGUGAAGAAACUUAUAAGUUGGCUUUUGAGAGUUUACUAAUUGUUGGUAAUUGUAACUAUUCUGUAAAUAUAGAAUUGGCAACCUCUCUAUUCAUGGAAGCUAUUCAAAAAGCUCAAAACAAGACAGAUCUUUAUGAGGCAUGCAACCAUGGAUUGAUGGCCUAUCUUUCACAAGGAAAAUAUGAAGAUGUGUUUAAAAUUUUGACUGAUCAUGUAUUUACUACAUAUGAAGAGUUGAAUUUCCUUACUCAGGAGCAUACUGUUGAAUCCUUGACAACAUGGAUACUUAACAAGAUGAAAUACAUGAAAGAACAUGUGCUCGUUAAUUUUACUCAAAAAUCUGACAUUCUCAAUUUGCCAGAUAUUGAUGAUUUGGAAAAGUGGCAUCUUAUUUGUUUGCUCACUCAAUCCUGUCCUGCUGUUUUUCAUAUGAAUAACUCACUCAGCAAACACUACUUUAUGAUUAUGAUAUUAAUAUCGUCUGAUAUAGUUUUAAAUAAUGGCAUUACUCCUCUUUCCCCAUUGUUAAUUUCAGUCUUUGCAUGGUCUUGGUGUAAUUUUGAGUUUUAUCCUCAGAUGAACAUGUUCUUAGAGGCAGGAUUAGAGAUGGAAAAGACUAGAUUCAGGAAUGAGCAUGAAUUGGCAAGUUGCACAUUGAUGAAGUUGAUGAGUUAUUACUUUUCGCCAACAAUUAACCCUCUUGAGGUGUGGAAUAUAUCCGAGGAAGCCUUCUUAUUGUCUGUGAAAUCAAAGAACAAACACUAUGGCGGUUUCUCUAUUCUGUGGUAUCCAUUCCAUCACUUAUUCUAUAGCCACGGAGAUGUAAAGACUUCUAUUGGAUUGAGCUUGAAUUCAAUUGAGAUUUUCAAGAGAAAUGGAAAUGUUAUGUUGAUGGAUGCCAGUAAAAUGAUACUGGAAUUGAAAUAUGUUCUUUCAGGAGAUGUAGACCAUUACCUGCCAACGUAUGUAAGCCAAGUGAAGGAAUAUCCAUUCUUUAGACAAAUGCACUACUCGUUCAAGGGAAUUUCACUCUAUUUCCAAAAUGAUAUUGAAAAAUCUUUCAAGUGUAUGGAAAAAUCGUAUGAUUUUAGAGAAGACUCUGUUGGUAUGUGUUCAAGCUGGAUUGAUUUAAUCUUCCUAGGUUUAAUCUCAGCUAUCUUUUUGAGAAGUGCUCAAGAAAAGAUUGAAAAAGCCCAAGAAAUACUGAAAUAUUCUAUAGAAAGAUUGGAAAUGAUUUCCCAAGCUAAUUCUUCUGUUUUUCUUGCUCCUUUGGAGUUCAUAAGAGCCGAGACAUUGUACUCAGAAUAUUGUAGAACAGGUGUCGAAAAUACUAGAAAAAUCAUUUCUCACUACAGAAAGAGUUAUAUUAUGGCUGAAAAGGAAAGAAACACCUUUUUAGCUAGGCUGAUUAAUUUGAGAACAGGAGAGUUUUACAACAGUCUAGGUAUGGAUGAUGGUAUUAGUGGAAACUACUUCCUUAGAGCUAUGGAAUCUUUUGAACAGUUUGGUGCUUCCAUCGUUGUUGAUUAUAUUUUGGAGAAUUAUUCAGGUCACAUCGAUGGCUAUUCAUCAUUUAGUAAUAGAAAUCCUGAACAAGUAUUCUCUAACACUUCUCUAUCUGAUGAAACAACAGAUCACUCUCUUGCUGGAGUAACAAAGAGCAGAAUUUCUGAAUCAACAGAAUUGGAUUUUAGAGAGAUUUUCAUUUCAAUUCUGCCAAUUCUUUCAGAACAAACGUUAUCACCAAGAUGUUGUUUGAUUUUGAAGAGAGAUUCAACAGUUUAUGUAGAUGCCGAAUUUAAUGCAGACCUGAAUUCUAUUGAAGCACUUUCGUCUACCAAACAAUUCGAAAAUAGUGAUUUGGACAAAUUUUCAGAUUUAUUCCCUCUCAAGAUGAUUCACAGAACUCUAAGAUCCAGAACAGAGCAACAACUCGUAUGGAAUGACAAUGAGAAAGAGUAUUACUUUGUGAAGAAUGUAGUGGCCUCUGCUUUAUCUAUUCCUAUCAUGAAGAAAAAGACAGUCAUAGGUUGUAUAUACUUGGAAAAUAAGGAAACGAAGGAUGUAUUCACAACUGAAAAAAUUAACCUUGCCAAACUUAUCAUCUCGAUCAGUUUGGACAAUGCUGGAAUUUUCACAUCUAUUAACAAAUCCUAUGCUAGGUUUUUACCUGCUGAAUUCUUAAAGUUGCUUGGAAAGAGUCACGUAACUAAGGUAAGGUUGGGCGAUGCAGUUUCUAGAGAAAUGACAGUGCUCUUCAGUGAUAUUUAUGGAUUUACAGAGAUUAUGGAGGGACUUUCUGCAAAGGAUGGCUUUGCUUUUAUUAAUCUACUAUUGAAGAGUAUUGCACCUCCAAUUUCAAGAAACUCUGGAUUUAUUGACAAGUUUGUUGGUGAUGGAAUAUUGGCAUUGUUUAUUGAACCGCAAGGAGCUGUCACUGCAGCUUUAGAAAUGAUUUCAGAAUUGGAAGUUUUCAAUAGUAGAAAUAAUACCAAUGUAAAGUUGGGAGUUGGUUUGCAUCAUGGUAUUGUUCAACUUGGUACGAUUGGAUAUGAGCAACGAUUGGAUGCUACUGUUAUUUCAGAUACUGUGAACACAGCUAGCAGAUGUGAAUCUCUCACAAGAACUUUUCAUUCACAUAUUCUAGUUACUAAACCAGUUAUGGAUGCUGUUACAGUGCCACACAGUGUGAUAAGUACCGAGUUGGGUAAAUUCAUGCUGAAAGGAAAACACAUACCUCAUCAAAUUUACAAUAUCGCUUCUAAAUCAUGGAAAGGAAGUGGUAGUGCUAAAGAAUUCGCUUUACUAAGCAAAGUUAUUGAUCUCUUCUCCAGGAGUGAAUUUACCGAAUCAUUUGCCCUCGCAGAAACAAUUCUCAAGAAUACAAAGAACAAUACCAUUAUAGCUGCAUGCAACAUGUAUAAGGAAGCAUCAACAUUAUACGGAUCAGUUGUUUUACCAAGUGAAUGGCAAGGUGAAAUUCGGUUGACCAAGGAUGGAGAAGUCAGAGAGUACUUUUCAAAAUAAAUGAGAGAUUUCAGAU